AUGGGAAAUCAACCAUCACAUAUUUUAAAAAGUCCAUUCUCCAAGAGAACAUGUCAGAAAACAAAUAAAAAAAGAAAGGCAUUGUCGAUACAUGAUGUGGAUACUGACGAUCAAAGUAAAGAAGAGCAAGGCCAUGAAAGGGCAAGAACUGUUGCUAGUGAACCCCUUUUGACAACCAUCGCAGGUACAUUCUCCAAGAAAAGAUACAAGCCACACUUGGAAGAACCUACACCUACUCUACCUCCAUCUCCAACCUACACAUCUAAUGACAUGUAUACUACAGAAACAAUUAUUGUUGAUGGUAGAAGAUAUCAAAGCUAUAAUACUAAAUAUGUCUUGCCUAACGACGAUGAAGAACAAGAUCGACUAGUACAAGUUCACUUCAUUUACAAAUAUAUCUUUAAUGGUAACUUCUCAGCUCCGGUUCACGACUUACUCUCGGGCCCAGUUCCCUCGACUAGACGGAAUUCAUCGGGAUUAAGCCGUAGUAGAUUGAAGAGUGAAACGCCUACACCAAGGGUCUUGGACCUGGCAUGUGGCAACGGCACCUGGGUACUUGAAAUGGCAACAGAAUAUCCAAAUGCUCAUUUCUAUGGCAUUGACAUAUCACCCAAUUAUCCAACAACUAUCAAACCUCCCAAUGCAUUUUUUACACAAUUCGACAUACUGAGUCCUAAGGGAUUACCUUUUCCAGAUGACUACUUUGACUUUGUCUUUAUGCGUCAAGUCUACACUUGCUUUUCCCAUUUAGACUGGGCGGUCGUCAUCAAAGAGAUCAGACGGGUGCUCAAACCAGGGUGCUACGUUGAGCUCCGUGACAUUGAUCCCAUUUUGAAGAAUAUGGGGCCCACGACGUACAAACUAUUUGAGAAAUAUCCAGCAUUUAUGAAGGAAAGGCACGGUGUUGAUAUUGAUUGGGCUAAAAGUAUGUACGACUGUCUCCAGCAAAUCGGCCAAAUGACAAACAUGCACAGGGUCGUACGAGGUCUUCAGUGUGGAAAAACAGGUCCCGUUUGUUCGCUCAUGAACAAUUCUCUUCGAGCUGGGCUUUAUAGCUAUCGUUACUUCUUUCAAACGAAUUACAAGAUGAGUUCUCAAGAAUAUAAUAGAAUAGUCGACAAAGUGGUGAACGAAUCUAUUGACUACCAAUCCUACUUUAAUUAUUAUUGCUGUUGGGGUCAGAAACCGCUGUAUGACUAUACUGCUCUUCAAAAGGUCAAGGCUCAGUCUACUCCUAAUUUAAGGAAUCUGCAACGAGACAUCGUCGCUGGAUCCUACGUCACUCUACCACCUUCCCAUACUGAACGUCGUGUAUCACUUCAUCUUCCUCCUUCUCCCACAAGUACCUAUGCUAGCAUGUAUCCUCUGUCAGAUGAUGAGGGCCAUAUAUUUGGCCAAGACAGUGUCUCUGACAUAAACCAAUUCAUUGAAGGUUACGAAGACUAA